AUGCCCCGCUUCCUCCCUUCCGCCCGGGUAUUUUGUAGCAGCCUUCGGCUCCGUGUCUACCUGCAGUAUUGGCUUGUCCCUUCAAGCUCUUUCCGCAAAGACGAGGUUUCCGCCUCGGAGGGGGAGGAAGCGGAGGAAGAAGAGACCAAGUCUCCGAAGAUCGAGUCCAUGGACAAAGUGUCAGCACCCUCAGAGGUCAAACUGCUACAGUGCGACCCACGGCCCCAGGCAGACGGGCUGUCACCGUACAUCACCGAGUUGAGGACCGUCAAGCACAUCGUGGACGUGACGCAUCUCCACGUGCUCUGCACUCCUGUCCCCGAGGAGUUUCUGGCCCAGAACGUGGUGUUUUUCCUGAGAAAUACAAAAGAGACGAUCUCGGAGGCCAGCUACAUGAAGGAAGCUAUGGAGAUCAUGCCCGAGACGCUGGAGUAUGGGAUCCUAAAUGCCAACAUGCUGCACUUCCUCAGAGACAUUAUGUAUCAGGUUUUCUUGCCGGCUUUGUCCUUCAAUCAGCACAAGGAGGCGAGCGUGGCGCUGACCCCUGGAGAAAUGCUGGACUCUCUCGAUACUGAAGAGGAACUACUGAACGCGCACGGGGAGGCCGUGGAGUACCACAGCGUUCAGUUAAUACGGGAUGAGUUCUUAAUGAACGUCCAGAAAUUUGCAAAUAAUAUUCAAAGAACAGUGCAGCAGCUUGAAGGAGAGAUCAAAUUAGAAAUGCCCAGCAUCAGCGUGGAGGGCGAGGUGUAUGCCCUGGCUGCUGACCCGGAAAUCGUCGAGAGCUUGGAGCAGUGUGUCAUCAACUGGCUGGGCCAGAUCACCGUGGCCAUGGAGGGCCAGCUGAAGAAGACGCCACAGGGUCAUGGUCCUCUGGCCGAGAUCGAGUUCUGGAGGGAGAGGAACGCGACCCUGAGCGCCCUCUACGAGCAGACCAAGCUCCCGAUCGUCAGGAAGGUCCUGGAGGUGAUCAAGGAGGCGGACUCCCUGCUCGUGGCCAACCUGCAGCCGGUGCUGACGGACCUCUUCAAGCUGCACAUGGAGGCCUCGGACAACGUGCGCUUCCUCUCCACCGUGGAGCGCCACUUCAAGAACAUCACACAUGGGUCCAGCUUCCACGUGGUCCUGGAGACCAUCCCCUCCAUGAUGAGCGCGCUGCGGAUGGUGUGGAUCAUCUCGCGGCACUACAACAAGGACGAGCGCAUGAUCCCCCUCAUGGAGCGCAUCGCCUGGGAGAUCGCCGAGCGCGUCUGCAGGGUGGUGAACCUGCGCACCUUGUUCAGAGAAAACCGGGCGAGUGCACAGCACAAAACCCUGGAGGCCAAGAAUUCCCUCGACAUGUGGAAGAAGGCCUACUUCGACACCAGGGCCAAGAUCGAGGCCUCGGGGAGGGAGGCCCGCUGGGAGUUCGACCGAAAGCGGCUGUUUGAGAGGACGGACUACAUGGCCACCAUCUGCCAGGACCUCUACGACGUCCUGCAGGUGAUGGAGGAAUUUUAUAACAUAUUUGGUCCAGAACUGAAGGCCGUGACGGGGGACCCCAAACGCAUCGACGACGUCCUGUGCCGGGUGGACAACCUGGUCACCCCCAUGGAGACCCUGACCUUCGACCCUUUCUGCAUCCAGUCCUCGCACUACUGGAAGUAUGUGAUGGACGACUUCAAGAUCGAGGUUCUGAUCGACAUCAUCAAUAAAAUCUUCGUCCAGAACCACGAGAACCCGCCUCUGUACAAGAACCACCCCCCGGUGGCGGGCGCCAUCUACUGGGAGCGCUCCCUGUUCUACCGCAUCAAGCACACCAUCCUGCGGUUCCAGGAGGUGCAGGAGAUCCUGGACAGCGAGCGGGGCGAGGAGGUAAAACAAAAGUACCUGGAAGUGGGCAGGACGAUGAAGGACUACGAGGAACGGAAGUACGAGCUGUGGAGGGACACGACAGAGCAGCUGCUGCCGACGCUCAUGAAGAAGAGCCUGCUCAUGAAGAUUACUGCCAACCCCGAGGACGCCGCCGAGAGCUCCGACAGGGGCAUCACGUUCGCCAUCAAUUUCCCGUUCGCUCUCAGGGAGAUUAUUAACGAAACCAAGUACCUGGAGCAGCUGGGAUUCCCUGUCCCCGAGUUAGCAAGGAACGUGGCGCUGCAGGAGGACAAGUUCCUCAGGUACACGGAGGGCAUCCAGCACAUGCUGGACCACUACCACGCGCUGGUCCGGACGCUGAACGACGCCGAGUCUGCCCUGCUCGACGACCACUCGCAGGAGCUGCUCCGCGUGUUCCGGUCUGGGUUCAAGAGGCUGAACUGGAACUCGCUAGGUAUUGCUGACUACAUAACGCGGUGCAAGCAGGCCAUCGGGAAGUUCGAGUCCCUCGUCCACCAGAUUCAUAAGAACGCGGACGACAUUGCCUCCAGGCUCACGCUGAUCGAGUCCAUCAACCUCUUCAAGUACCCGGCACCCAAGACCGAGGAGGACCUCCCAGGCGUGAAGGAGUUCUUCGAGCACAUUGACCGGGAGAGGACCAAGGACGUGGACUACAUGGUCCGGUGGUACCUCGCCAUCGGGCCGCUGCUGACCAAGGUCGAGGGCCUGGUCAUCCACACCAACACGGGCAAGGCGCCCAAGCUGGCCACCUACUACGAGCACUGGGAGAAGCGCGUCUACGAGGUCCUGACCAAGCUCAUCCUCAAGAAUUUGCAGGCCUUUAACUCCUUAAUCCUCGGCAACGUCCCUUUGUUCCAAACGGAGACCAUCUUGACAGCUCCGGAGAUCAUCCUGCACCCCAAUGCAAAUGAGAUUGACAAAAUGUGCGUCCACUGCGCCCGAAACUGCGUGGAGGUCACCAGGAAUUUUGUUCGCUGGAUGAAUGGCAGCUGCAUAGAAUGCCCCCCGCAGAAGGGGGAGGAGGAGGAAGUGGUGACCAUAACCUUCUACAACGACAUCUCCCUGAACCCCCAGAUCAUCGAGCAGGCCCUCAUGAUCCCCCAGAAUGUCCACCGGAUUCUGGUCAACCUCACAAAGUACCUGCAGAGGUGGAAGAAGUACCGGCCCCUCUGGAAGCUGGACAAAGCCAUCGUGAUGGAGAAGUUUGCCGCCAAGAAGCCCCCGUGCGUGUCCUACGACGAGAAGCUGCAGUUCUACACCAAGAUCUCCCAGGAGGUGAUGCGCCAGCCCCUGGUCAAGGAGGAGCACUGCGUGCGGCUGCAGCUGGGGCCACUGGCGCACACGGUGCAGGAGAGCGCCAAGGCCUGGGUCAUGUCGCUCGGGAAGCUGCUCAACGAGUCGGCCCGGGAGGAGCUGCACAGCCUCCACGAGGAGAUGGAGAGCCUGGCCAAGAACCUGAAGAAGAGCCCCGGGACCCUGGAGGAUCUCAAGUUUGUCCUCGCGACGAUUGCGGAAGUGAGGAGCAAAUCCCUGAUCAUGGAGCUGAGGUACAGGGACGUCCAGGAGCGGUACCGCACCAUGACGAUGUACAACCUGCACCCCUCCAAUGCGGAGAAAGAGCUGGUUGACAAGAUCGAGAGCAUGUGGCAGAGCCUGUUCACCGACUCUGUGAACGUGGAGCACGCUCUUGGCAGCAUCAAGAGAACCUUCACGGAGAUCACUCGCAGCGAGAUAAUGAACUUCAGGCAGCAGAUGGAGGACUUCGCAAAGCGGUUCUAUUCUGAAGGCCCUGGCUCGGUGGGUGAAGACCUUGAUAGCGGCAUGGACCUCUUAGGCAGCUUUGAGAGGGAGCUGGUGAGGCAUGAAAGGAACCGCCAGGAGCUGGCCAACGCGGAGAAGCUCUUCGACCUCCCGAUCACCAUGUACCCAGAGCUGCUGAAGGUGCAGAAGGAGAUGACCGGGCUGCGGAUGAUCUACGAGCUCUACGAGGAGCUGAAAGUGGCGAAGGAAGAGUGGUCCCAGACGCUCUGGAUCAACCUGAACGUGCAGUUCCUGCAGGAGGGCAUCGAGGGCUUCCUGCGCUCCCUGCGCAAGUUCCCGCGGAUGGUCCGCAACCUGGCCGUGGCCUUCCACCUGGAGGCGAAGAUGAAGGCCUUCAAGGACUCGAUCCCCCUGCUGCUGGACCUGAAGCACGAGGCGCUCCGGGACAGGCACUGGAAAGAGCUCAUGGAAAAGACGGGCGUGUAUUUCGAAAUGACCGAGACCUUCACCUUGGAGAACAUGUUUGCCAUGGAGCUUGACAAGCACGCGGACGUGCUCAACGAGAUCGUCACGGCAGCCAUCAAGGAGAUCGCCAUCGAGAAGGCCGUGAAGGAGAUCCUGGACACGUGGGAGAACAUGAAGUUCUCCGUGGUCAAGUACUUCAAGGGCACCCAGGAGCGCGGCUACAUCUUGGGGUCCGUGGACGAGAUCAUCCAGUGCCUCGACGACAACACGUUCAACCUGCAGAGCAUCUCGGGCAGCCGCUUCGUGGGGCCCUUCCUGCAGACGGUGCACAAGUGGGAGAAGACGCUCUCGCUGAUCGGCGAGGUCAUCGAGAUCUGGAUGCUGGUGCAGAGGAAGUGGAUGUACCUGGAGAGCAUCUUCAUCGGAGGAGACAUCCGCUCGCAGCUGCCGGAGGAGGCGAAGAAGUUCGACAACAUCGACAAAGUGUUUAAAAGGAUCAUGGGCGAGACCUUGAAAGACCCCGUGAUCAAGCGAUGCUGCGAGGCCCCGAACCGCCUCUCGGACCUGCAGCACAUCAGCGAGGGCCUGGAGAAGUGCCAGAAGAGCCUGAACGACUACCUGGACUCCAAGCGCAACGCCUUCCCCCGCUUCUUCUUCAUCUCCGACGACGAGCUGCUCAGCAUCCUGGGCAGCAGCGACCCGCUCUGUGUCCAGGAGCACAUGAUCAAGAUGUAUGACAACAUAGCGGCGCUGCGCUUCCAGGACGGGGACAGUGGGGAGAAGCUGGUGUCCGCCAUGAUCUCCGCAGAAGGGGAGGUCAUGGAGUUCCGCAAGACCGUGCGGGCCGAGGGCCGCGUGGAGGACUGGAUGACCGCAGUUUUGAACGAAAUGCGCAGAACCAACCGGCUGAUCACCAAAGAGGCUAUUUUUAGAUACUGUGAAGACAGGAGCAGGGUGGACUGGAUGCUGCUGUACCAGGGCAUGGUGGUGCUGGCCGCCUGCCAGGUGUGGUGGACCUGGGAGGUGGAGGACGUCUUCCACCAGGUGCAGGCGGGCGAGAAGCACGCCAUGAAGAGCUUCGGCCGGAAGAUGCACCGGCAGAUCGACGAGCUGGUCACGCGCAUCACCCUGCAGCUAGGCAGGAACGACCGCAAGAAGUACAACACGGAGCUCAUCAUCGACGUGCACGCCCGGGACAUCGUGGACUCUUUCAUCCGGGGCAGCAUCCUCGACGCCCAGGAGUUCGAAUGGGAAAGCCAGCUGCGCUUUUACUGGGACCGAGAGCCGGACGAGCUGAACAUCCGCCAGUGCACGGGCACCUUCGGCUACGGCUACGAGUACAUGGGGCUCAACGGGCGGCUGGUCAUCACGCCCCUCACCGACCGCAUUUACCUGACGCUGACGCAGGCGCUGUCCAUGUAUCUGGGCGGGGCCCCUGCUGGCCCCGCAGGGACUGGCAAAACCGAGACCACCAAGGACCUGGCCAAAGCCCUGGGCUUGCUCUGUGUUGUAACCAACUGCGGCGAAGGCAUGGACUACAAAGCCGUCGGGAAGAUCUUCUCUGGCCUUGCUCAGUGUGGGGCCUGGGGCUGUUUUGACGAGUUUAACCGGAUCGACGCUUCUGUGCUGUCCGUCAUCUCGUCUCAGAUCCAGACGAUCCGGAACGCCCUGAUGCACCAGCUCACCACGUUCCAGUUCGAAGGGCAGGAGAUCUCGCUGGACUCACGCAUGGGCAUCUUCAUCACCAUGAACCCCGGCUACGCGGGCCGCACGGAGCUGCCCGAGUCGGUGAAGGCGCUCUUCAGGCCGGUGGUGGUGAUCGUGCCCGACCUGCAGCAGAUCUGUGAGAUCAUGCUCUUCUCCGAGGGCUUCCUCUGGGCCAAGACUCUGGCCAAGAAGAUGACGGUUCUGUAUAAGCUGGCGCGGGAGCAGCUCUCCAAGCAGCAUCACUACGACUUCGGGCUCCGAGCCCUGAAGUCGGUGCUGGUCAUGGCGGGCGAGCUGAAGAGAGGCUCCUCGGAGCUGAAAGAGGACGUGGUGCUGAUGCGGGCGCUUCGUGACAUGAACCUGCCCAAGUUCGUCUUUGAGGACGUCCCCCUGUUCCUCGGCCUGAUCUCCGACCUGUUUCCCGGGCUGGACUGCCCGCGCGUCCGCUACCCCAGCUUCAACGACGCGGUCGAGCAAGUGUUCGAGGAGAACGGCUUCGUGGUCCUGCCGGUCCAGGUGGAUAAAGUCAUUCAGGUGUACGAGACCAUGCUCACCCGUCACACGACGAUGGUGGUGGGGCCCACGGGAGGGGGCAAGUCCGUGGUCAUCAACACCCUGUGCCAGGCGCAGACCAAGCUGGGCCUGACGACCAAGCUGUACAUCCUGAACCCCAAGGCCGUGAGCGUCAUAGAGCUCUACGGCAUCCUGGACCCCAGCACCCGCGACUGGACGGACGGCGUGCUGUCCAACAUCUUCAGGGAGAUCAACAAGCCGACGGACAAGAAGGAGCGGAAGUACAUCUUGUUUGACGGCGAUGUGGACGCGCUGUGGGUGGAGAACAUGAACUCCGUGAUGGAUGACAACAAGCUGCUGACGCUGGCCAACGGCGAGCGCAUCCGGCUGCAGGCACACUGUGCCCUGCUCUUCGAGGUGGGAGACUUGCAGUACGCUUCCCCCGCGACCGUGUCCCGCUGUGGAAUGGUCUACGUGGACCCCAAGAACCUGAAGUACAAGCCCUACUGGAAGAAAUGGCUUCAGCAAAUACAGAACAAGGUGGAGCAGAGCGAAUUGCAGAACCUCUUUGAGAAGUACGUGCCCUACCUCAUAGAUGUGAUCGUGGAGGGCAUUGUGGACGGGAGGCAGGGAGAGAAGCUGAAGAUGAUAGUCCCGCAGACGAACCUGAACAUGGUGACCCAGUUGACCAAGGUGCUGGACGCGCUCCUCGAAGGGGAGAUAGAGGACCCCGACCUGCUGGAGUGCUUCUUCCUGGAGGCGCUGUACUGCUCGCUGGGCGCCUGCCUGCUGGACUUCGGCCGCAACCGGUUCGACGAGUGCAUCAAGCGCCUCGCCUCCCUGCCUUCUGCCGAGCUGGACGAGGUGUGGGCCCGGCCCGGGGAGCUGCCAGCUCAGCUCCCCACCCUGUACGACUUCCACUUCGAUCCCGCCCAGAAGCGGUGGAUCCCGUGGAGCAGGCUGGUGCCCGAGUACGUGCACUCCCGUGAGAGGAGGUUCAUUGAGAUCCUGGUUCACACGGUGGACACCACCCGCACGGCCUGGAUGCUGGAGCGCAUGGUCAAGAUCAAGCAUCCCGUUCUUUUGGUCGGCGAGUCUGGCACCUCGAAGACAGCCACCACCCAGAACUUCCUCAAAAACCUGAGCGAAGAGACUAACAUUGUGCUGAUGGUCAAUUUCUCUUCCCGCACCACCUCCCUGGACAUCCAGAGAAAUUUAGAAGCAAACGUGGAAAAACGGACCAAGGACACCUACGGCCCCCCCAUGGGAAAACGCCUGCUGGUGUUCAUGGACGACAUGAAUAUGCCCAAGGUGGACGAGUACGGCACCCAGCAGCCCAUCGCCCUGCUGAAGCUGCUGCUGGAGAAGGGCUUCCUGUACGACCGCGGCAAGGAGCUCAACUGCAAGAGCAUCCGAGACCUCGGCUUCGUCGCGGCCAUGGGCAAGGCGGGGGGCGGCCGCAACGAGGUGGACCCGCGGUUCCUCUCGCUCUUCAGCGUCUUCAACGUGCCGUUCCCCUCGGAGAUGUCUCUGCACCUGAUCUACUACUCCAUCCUGAGAGGCCACACCUCGGUGUUUCACGAGAGCAUCAUCGCCGUGAGCGACAGGCUGACGCGCUGCACGCUGCAGCUCUACACGGACAUCGUGCAGGAGCUGCCGCCCACCCCGUCCAAGUUCCACUACAUCUUCAACCUGCGCGACCUCUCGCGGGUGUUCCACGGGCUGGUCCUCACCAACCCCGAGCGGUUCCAGACGGUGGCCCAGAUGGUGAGAGUCUGGAGGAACGAGUGCCUGCGUGUCUUCCAUGACCGGCUGAUCAACGAAGACGACAAGGAGCUGGUGCAAGAGUACAUAUCAGACCUGGUCAGGGAGCACUUCAAGGACGACGUGGAGGUGGUGAUGCGGAACCCCAUCCUGUUCGGGGACUUCCGCAUGGCGCUGCACGAGGAGGAGGAGCGCAUUUACGAAGACAUCCAGGACUACGAGGCGGCCAAGGCUCUGUUCCAGGAGAUCCUGGAGGAGUACAACGAGAGCAACACCCGCAUGGACCUGGUGCUGUUCGACGACGCCCUGGAGCACCUGACGCGCGUGCACCGCAUCAUCCGCCUGGACCGCGGCCACGCGCUGCUGGUGGGCGUCGGAGGAGCUGCCCCCCCUCGCGCUCGCGGUCCCACGCAGCGCCCUGCUCCGUGCUGGCAGGUGUUCGAGAUCCUCCUGAGCCGCGGCUACUCGGAGAACAACUUCCGGGAAGACCUGAAGAACCUGUACCUGCGGCUGGGCAUUGAGAACAAGACGACGAUCUUCCUGUUCACGGACGCGCAGGUGGUGGAGGAGGGCUUCCUGGAGCUCAUCAACAACAUGCUCACCUCAGGCAUAGUGCCCGCACUCUUCGCCGAAGAUGAGAAGGAGACCAUCCUCGGUCAGAUUGACCAGGAGGCGCUGAAGCAGGGGGUCAGCCCGGCCAAGGAGUCCGUGUGGCAGUACUUUGUGAACAAGAGUGCCAACAACCUGCACAUCGUCCUGGGCAUGUCGCCCGUGGGGGACGCCCUGAGGACCUGGUGCCGGAACUUCCCAGGUCUGGUGAAUAACACUGGCAUUGACUGGUUCAUGCCCUGGCCGCCCCAGGCCCUGCAUGCGGUCGCCAAGUCAUUUUUAGGGCCUAAUACGAUGAUCCCAGAAGAACACAUAGAAGAUCUGGUGGAACAUGUGGUUUUGGUGCACGGAUCCGUGGGUGAAUUCAGCAAACAAUUUCUGCAGAAGUUGAGGCGCAGCAACUACGUGACUCCCAAGAACUACCUUGACUUUAUUAACACGUACUCGAAACUGCUGGACGAGAAAACCCAGAAUAACAUAGCUCAGUGCAAACGGCUGGAGGGCGGGCUGGACAAGCUGAAGGAGGCCUCCAUUCAGCUGGAUGAGCUGAACAGGAAGCUGGCCGAGCAGAAGAUCGUGCUGGCCGAGAAGUCCACCGCCUGCGAGACCCUGCUGGAGGAGAUUGUCACCAACACGGCCAUCGCGGAGGAAAAGAAGAAGCUGGCGGAAGAGAAGGCCAUGGACAUCGAGGAGCAGAACAAGAUCAUCGCGGUGGAGAAGGCUGAGGCCGAGACGGCCCUCGCCGAGGUCAUGCCCAUCCUGGAGGCCGCCAAGCUGGAGCUGCAGAAGCUGGACAAGUCGGACGUGACCGAGAUCAGGUCCUUCGCGAAGCCGCCAAAGCAGGUGCAGACGGUGUGCGAGUGCAUCCUCAUCAUGAAGGGCUACAAGGAGCUCAACUGGAAGACGGCCAAGGGCAUGAUGUCCGACCCCAACUUCCUGCGCUCGCUCAUGGAGAUUGACUUCGACUCCAUCACCCAGGGCCAAGUGAAGAACAUCCGAAGUCUCUUGAAGACUCUCAACACCACCAUCGAAGAAAUGGAGGCUGUGAGCAAAGCCGGCCUGGGGAUGCUCAAGUUCGUCGAAGCCGUCAUGGGCUACUGCGACGUCUUUAGAGAGAUCAAGCCCAAGAGAGAAAAGGUGGCCAGGCUGGAGCGGAACUACUUCCUCACGAAGCGGGAGCUGGAGAAGAUCCAGAACGAGCUGGCAGCGAUCCAGAGGGAGCUGGAAGCCCUGGGGGCCAAGUACGAGGCGGCCAUUCUGGAGAAGCAGAAGCUGCAGGAGGAGGCGGAGAUCAUGGAGCGCCGGCUCAUCGCCGCCGACAAGCUCAUCUCGGGGCUGGGGUCGGAGAACAUCAGGUGGCUGAGGGACCUGGACGAGCUGAUGCACCGGCGUGUCCGGCUGCUGGGUGAUUGCCUGCUGUGCGCGGCCUUCCUGAGCUACGAGGGCGCCUUCACUUGGGAGUUCCGCAACGAGAUGGUGAACCAGGUCUGGCAGCAGGACAUCAUGGCGCGGGAGAUCCCCCUGAGCGUGCCUUUCCGCCUAGAGAGCCUGCUCACGGACGACGUGGAGAUCAGCAGGUGGGGCUCCCAGGGCCUGCCCCCCGACGAGCUCUCCGUCCAAAACGGCAUCCUCACCACCCGGGCCAGCCGCUUCCCCCUCUGCAUCGACCCCCAGCAGCAGGCCCUCAACUGGAUCAAGAGGAAAGAGGAGAAAAACAACCUGCGGGUCGCCUCCUUCAACGACCCCGACUUCCUCAAGCUGCUGGAGAUGUCCAUCAAGUACGGAACGCCCUUCCUCUUCCACGACGUGGAUGAGUACAUCGACCCCGUGAUCGACAACGUCCUGGAGAAAAACAUCAAGUUCUCCCAGGGCCGGCAGUUCAUCAUCCUGGGCGACAAGGAAGUGGACUACGACUCCAACUUCCGGCUCUACCUCACCACCAAGCUGGCCAACCCUCGAUACACACCGUCCGUGUUCGGGAAAGCCAUGGUCAUCAAUUACACCGUCACUCUGAAAGGCCUGGAGGACCAGCUGCUGAGCGUGCUGGUGGCCUUCGAGAGGCAUGAGCUGGAGGAGCAGCGGGAGCAUCUCAUCCAGGAGACGAGCGAGAACAAGAACCUGCUGAAGGACCUGGAAGACUCGCUGCUGCGGGAGCUGGCAACCUCCACGGGCAACAUGCUGGACAACGUGGAGCUGGUGCAGACGCUGGAGGAGACCAAGUCCAAGGCCACCGAGGUGUCGGAGAAGCUCAAGCUGGCGGAGAAGACGGCCCUGGACAUCGACCGGCUGCGGGACGGCUACCGGAUGGCGCUGGUGACCACCAUGUACCAGUACUCCCUGAGCGCCUUCCUCGACGUCUUCGGGCUGUCGCUGAAGAAGUCGCUGCCUGACUCCAUCCUCAUGAAGCGGCUCAAAAACAUCAUGGACACGCUGACCUUCAACAUCUACAACUACGGCUGCACAGGGCUGUUUGAGAGGCACAAGUUACUCUUCUCCUUCAACAUGACGAUCAAGAUAGAGCAGGCGGAGGGGAGGGUCCCCCAGGAGGAGCUCGAGUUCUUCCUGAAAGGAAACAUCUCCCUGGAGAAGAGCAAGCGGAAGAAGCCCUGUGCGUGGCUGCCCGACCAGGGCUGGGAGGACAUCAUGCUCCUGUCGGAGCUGUUCUCAGAGGACUUCGGGAGUCUCCCCGACGAUGUGGAGAAGCACCCUGCUGUCUGGCAGGAGUGGUAUGACCUGGACGCGCUGGAGCAGUCCCCCUUCCCCCUGGGCUACGACAGCAGCAUCACCCCCUUCCAGAAGCUGCUCAUCCUGCGCUGCUUCCGCGUGGACCGGGUGUACCGCGCUGUGACUGACUAUGUGACGGUCACCAUGGGGGAGAAGUACGUGCAGCCCCCGAUGAUAAGCUUCGAGGCCAUCUUUGAGCAGAGCACCCCGAACUCGCCCAUCGUGUUCAUCCUGAGCCCCGGCUCUGACCCCGCCAGCGACCUCAUGAAGUUGGCCGAGCAAACUGGCUUUGGGGGAAACCGCCUCAAGUUCCUUGCCAUGGGCCAAGGCCAGGAGAAGGUGGCCCUGCAGCUGCUGGAGACGGCGGUGGCUCGCGGGCAAUGGCUGAUGUUGCAGAACUGCCACCUACUGGUCAAGUGGCUGAAGGAUCUGGAGAAGUCCCUGGAGCGGAUCACCAAGCCCCACCCCGACUUCCGCCUGUGGCUCACCACCGACCCCACCCAGGGCUUCCCCAUUGGCAUCCUGCAGAAGUCCCUGAAGGUCGUCACGGAGCCGCCCAACGGGCUGAAGCUCAACAUGAGGGCCACGUACUUCAAGAUCUCGAACGAGAUGCUGGAGCACUGCCCGCACCCCGCGUUCAAGCCGCUGGUGUACGUGUUGGCCUUCUUCCACGCCGUGGUGCAGGAGCGCAGGAAGUUCGGCAAGAUCGGCUGGAACGUCUACUACGACUUCAACGAGUCCGACUUCCAGGUCUGCAUGGAGAUUCUGAACACGUACCUGACCAAAGCCUUCCAGCAGCGCGACACGCGGAUCCCGUGGGGCAGCCUCAAGUACCUGAUUGGAGAGGUCAUGUACGGAGGCCGGGCCAUCGACAGCUUUGACCGCCGCAUCCUGACCAUCUACAUGGACGAGUACCUGGGGGACUUCAUCUUCGACACCUUCCAGCCCUUCCACUUCUUCCACAACAAGGAGGUGGAUUACAAGAUCCCCGCGGGCGCGGGCGACCCCAAGGAGCGCUUCGUGGAAGCCAUCGAGGCCCUGCCGCUGGCCAACACGCCCGAGGUGUUCGGUCUCCACCCCAACGCCGAGAUCGGGUAUUACACGCAGGCCGCCCGGGACCUGUGGUCUCACCUGCUGGAGCUGCAGCCUCAGACAGGGGAAUCGAGCAGCGGCAUCAGCCGAGAGGAUUACAUAGGCAACGUGGCCAAGGACAUAGAGAACAAGAUGCCCAAGGUCUUCGACUUGGACCUGGUCCGGAGGCACCUGGGCGCGAGCAUCACCCCGACAUCGGUGGUGCUGCUGCAAGAGCUGGAGCGCUUCAACAAGCUGCUGGUCCGCAUGUCCCGCUCCCUGGCCGAGCUGCAGAGGGUGAGCUGCUCCCCGGGCAGGCGCAGCGAGCUGGACGACGUGGCCAGGUCGCUGUUCAUCGGGAACAUCCCUCACAUCUGGAGGAAGCUGGCCCCCGACACCCUGAAGUCCCUCGGGAACUGGAUGCUCUACUUCCUGCGGCGCUUCAGCCAAUACACGUCCUGGGUCGUGGAAAGCGAGCCCAACGUGAUGUGGCUCUCGGGGCUGCACGUCCCGGAAUCCUACCUCACGGCCCUGGUGCAGGCCACCUGCCGGCGGAACGGCUGGCCCCUGGACCGCUCCACCCUGUUCACGCAAGUGACCAAGUUCCAGGACGCAGACGAAGUGACUGAGCGGGCAGGACAAGGGUGCUUUGUGUCAGGACUGUACCUGGAAGGCGCGGACUGGGACCUAGAGAGAGGCUGUCUGGUCAAGAGCAAGCCCAAGGUGCUGGUGGUGGACCUGCCCAUCCUGAAGAUCAUCCCCAUCGAGGCCCACCGCCUCAAACUGCAGAACACCUUCCGGACGCCCGUCUACACCACCUCCACCAGGAGGAACGCCAUGGGCGUGGGCCUGGUCUUCGAGGCCGACCUCUUCACCACAAGGCACAUCUCCCACUGGGUGCUGCAGGGCGUGUGCCUCACCCUCAACUCCGACUGACCCCAGGGGAGGGGCUCGUGGGGGCUCAGCCCACUCUCGUUUGGGGCUUCUCGAGAGGCAGCAGUGGGAGUUUCCUUUCACUUGGAAUCAGCCAUUUUCCCCUUCCCAUAAAAUUCAGCUCCCGGCUUUGUUUUCGAAGCUUUUUAAGGAGUUAAGUAAAUUCUGAAGGACAGCGUG